AUGUCUGACGAAGAGGAUUAUGCGGAAUAUAUGAUGUCCGAAGAGGACAUGAGCAGUUUUGAGAUGGAUGUUGAUUCAGAUGUUGAGCCAGAUGACGCAGGGCUGGAACAGGAUCAGCAAGUAACUGGUGAUGAUUAUGAUGGUAGUGCUGGAAAUUCCGGUGACUCCAUGGCUGCUGUUGAAAAACAGUGUGAGAGCUGGUACGAUACAGGGAAGGCCUUUAAAAACGAUGAUCAAUUUGAAGAGGCAAGGAAAUGGUUUAUGAAAUGCCAUGCAAGCCCCAUAUGGUGGUUUAAAUCUUUGAAACAAAUCAUCAAAAGUGAUUUGAGUCAGGGUCUACGAGUGAAUGAACGAUUACGGGAGAUGUUUGAACUUGUUAGCACUAAGAAAGAGAUGAUUGGGGAAGAGUCGUAUAUUUAUGGUUCAGUGAAGAGAUUAAUAAAUAGAAUAGUUCCUGAUCUCAAUUCACAUUUGUUAUUUACGGAAAGACUACGUCAGUCCUCGAUCGAUGUAUCUACUUUGAUGGAGAGGCAACGGUAUCUGGAUAUCUUGGAAAAAAGUGUCGCUGAUAUGGAUCAAGAAUUAAGGGAUCUCGUUACUAUUAGGAAAAUCGUUUAUUGUGUAUGGAUCCAUGUCUUGAGAUGGGAACAAAUACCUAAAGAGACGUUAGAAGACUUACAUGAGAAUGUAAACCUUGAAACCUAUUUCAUCCUUCUUCAAUUGCAUGUAAGGACGUUCGUGGAUGAAGAUAUCGUGCAUCUGAUCGAAUUAGUUAAAGUUGUGGAUGAGAUGGGCAGAUUUAUGACCAAUUCACUCUCUGUGUCUCAGAUCCCUACUGUAACUAGCGUUUACCAUUUCGCCAGAUUCUUGACGCUUUGGAAAAGUACUGACCAUUACAACCAAUCGCAGAUGCUGAGUAAAUGCGAGGGCGAGUUGACAUCGUGUUUCCAAGAUCUCGAAGCUAUCGGAGGCACCGAAAGAGAUGGGUUAAUGCUUACGCGGUUUUCCUUGAUGGGGAUCGUUUUCUGUCAUUUGUUACUCAACGACAAAACAAAAUUGGUUCCCUUUGAACUUGAGCAAAUCAAAGUCUUGGAGGCCGACGAAUUAGUGGUUUUAUUACAAGAACUAUACCAAUGUUGGCUCGAUAUGGAUAUCUACGCUUUAGAACAGUGUCUAUUACAGCUAGAGGAUUUCUAUUCUCCCUGGUACAACGUCAUGAUAGAAAAAAUCAUCGCAUUAUGCCAAUCGAAUAAACUAUGGAAGCGGAUAGCCCCCACUUACUCAUGCAUUGCACUUCAAGAUCUAAUGGCUAAAUUAGAAACGGGCAACACGAUAACAAUGAAUAGGGACCAACUACUAACGCUAUUGAUGAAAAGUAUAGCAAAGGACACGGCUGACGUGUAUUACAAACUAGAUUUAGUGGAAGACUACGUUUAUUUCGGUGAAGAGUACUUCGUUCCUCUGAGAUCCGAAGAACUCAACAUCGUGAACCCAUUGUCUCAACAAAUGGGCUCAGAAAUCAUUGGGAAAGACGAAUGGUUGUGCAAUGUUUCCAAUUGGCAUAAACCAAAAGUACCGAAGAAAUUGAGCGCUAUAGAAUUCAUGGACUACAUGAAAGCAGCCAGAGUGACCAUCUCUCAAACGAAUCUAGCCCAUCACGAACCCACAGUAACUUCUUUUCUUUUGAAACUUUCUACAAUCACUCAUGCACAAUUGACUCAGAACUCAUCGUCCCUUGCAUCCACAAAUUAA